AUGUUCGAACACAUGGUUCAUGAUUACGGUCUUCUCAUUCUCCUGUUGUUAGGCCUGACGAGUCUAUGGUGGAUACCUCUUCUCUAUAAAUUGAUUCAGGGUGAUCAUAAAUAUUCGGAAAUGUGUUCCCGAUGGAAUAUUAUUGAAAACGGAAUGGGAUACAUGACGUUGGAAUGGAAUUCGUUUAGUAAAUAUUUACCAAAACAAUUAUCAUCAUCACGGCCAUACUUGAAUGGUAUUUUGAGAGGAAUAUUUAAUAUGAGUUUUGGGUUCGGAGCUUUGAUGAGUGUGAUGUUAGGUCUUUUGUGUGCAUUGUUUCUCGUUUUACAUUUAAUUUAUUUUGUAUUUAGCAUUUCAAGUAGCUUUGCUUCAAAAUAUGGAUAUCCCAGUCAAAACGAGUCUGAUUUACAAGCAGAAGCAUCGCCAUCGUUUGAAACAUCCAUGGUCAUGCUCAUUCCGGGAGUUAAUCUACCAUUCAACCAAAUUUCUCUUUUGAUUGUAUCAUUAAUUAUUUGUGUCAUUGUGCAUGAAUAUGGACAUGCCAUUGCAGCAGAUUAUCAAGAUUUAAGAAUUGAGACUUUUGGAUUUUCUAUUCACUAUAUUUUACCAAGCGCGUAUGUUUCUAUUGAGACAGAAUCAUUGGAAAAGAAACCACUAUUUGCUCGAAUGAUGAUUUAUUGUGGUGGUGUUUGGCAUAAUAUAUUAUUAUGCUUCUUUAUUGGAAUACUGAUAUUUGUAUUCUUUAAUCCGAGCUCAUCGUAUUUCUCCUUAAUAGAAAGACCAUUCGAUAAUAAUGGUGUUUUUGUAAAGAGUGUUGAUAUUGACAAUCCACUCUACCACGAUUUGAAACCCAAUGACAUUAUUCUUUCAAUUAAUAAUAUUCCAAUGAAAGACGUGUCAACAUUUACCGGAUCGUACGAUAGGUUGCGGGCAAACCGAGGUUUUUUGGUUUCUGCCAAAGUACUAUCCGAACAAGAUGAGCUUUAUAACAAAAAGUGCUGUCUUAAAGAAUCGGAUGAUGAUGGUGGUCGAUUACUUUGCUUUAAAUUUGCUAAUAAUCUGCAACAACAAGGAGUAUGCAUGAAGGUUAGAGAUGUCACUACAAAUCCUUCUUGUUCAAUUAACAUCCACAAAGCACGACAGGAACUAGAACAAAAUGAAUGCAUGGUACCAGAUGUUGACAAUGGCUUAUUCAUUUUAAGGUUAAAAGUCUUAGAAAAAGAAACAGAUCUCAUUUAUUUCGGAACAAUGGAACAAUUUUAUCAUCAAGUCAUUGUUUCUGACGUGAAAGUGAAAGAUUCUCUUUCCUACCUUAUUUCAUUGGAUUUUGUUUCAGACCUGAAAAAGCUCUUGGAGUACACGAUUGCUCUAUCUCUGGGACUGGCAGUGUUCAAUUUGGCUCCUGUUGAAUUUUUAGACGGUGCAAAGAUUUAUGAAGUAUUAUUUCUUUAUUACUUGAGACGCUUUGCUGUGAAAAAGGAAGACAUGGAUCAUGUCAAAACAACUUACGAUCGGUUGUUAUCCGUUUUUAAGGUGGUUUUAGUCUUGAACAUUUGUGUUGCUUUUAUUAAUGCAUUCCGUGUUGCGAUAUGA